AUGGAGGAACCAAGGCGUUCGAAACGACUUCGCUCCAUGGCCCCUAAUCAAGCUUCAGGUGGGCCUCCUACAGAGCCAGGCUGCUCUGGUGUGGACCAUGAAGACCCUAUAGAGCCAGUCCAACUCGCAAAACCCACUGCUUAUGUGAAACCCAUGAGAUGGGAGCCCCCAGCUCGCGCAGAGCUGGCUCGUCCUGCAGGAAGAGGCUGGCGCAGGGGAGGAAGCUGGCGGGCAGGUCGAGGCCGUGGCAGUGGGGUCGUGCUCCGCAGGGUCCCCGGCCAGAGAGAGGGGCCAGACGUGUACCUCCAUCUGAACUACCAUGGAGAGCCAGGCCACCAGGGGAACGGAAGCCGGGCAGAACCAGCCUUCUCUUUUACUGAAGCAGCUCCUAUGCCCGGAAUUGUGCAGGAAGGCCCCGGUCCCCAUGCAGCCCAGCCUGAGGUGGGGUUUCAGGAGCACCUCCUGCUCCUGGGCCUCUGCGGCUGUGGCCAGCAGCCCAUAUUGGCCCUCUAUCCCUGUAUCGGGUUCAGGCCUCUGGGUGGCUCAGCUUUUUUGCGCAUCAUGCAGACCUCCAGUGGCACCUACGUGCACGAGGUCCCAGUGUACCUUGCCCACACUGCACACUAA